CAAACACCGAUCCGGUCAGGCAUAUUACUGGGCACUUCCAGGUCCUCCUUCCUUUUUUUCGCCCCUGAGCAAGUCGACGCCAAGAUGAAUGACAGUGUCACACUCAGGACUCGGAAGUUCAUGACAAACCGCUUGCUUCAGAGGAAGCAAAUGGUUCUGGAUGUCCUGCACCCUGGAAAAGCAACAGUCCCCAAGACUGAAAUCAGGGAGAAGCUUGCCAAAAUGUACAAGACCACGCCUGAUGUGGUGUUCGUCUUCGGUUUCAAGACUCAAUUCGGUGGCGGCAAGACAACAGGUUUCGCCAUGGUCUACGAUUCACUGGACUACGCCAAGAAGAAUGAGCCCAAAUACAGACUGGCCAGACACGGCCUCUAUGAGAAGAAAAAGACCUCCAGAAAACAGCGCAAGGAGAGAAAGAACCGAAUGAAGAAAGUACGAGGCACCAAGAAAGCCUCUGUUGGUGCUGCUGGCAAAAAGAAAUGAGAUGUCAGGAAAAGGUAGAGCAGAAAUUGGCAUGGUGUACUGAUUGCAAUCCACUUUUAGUUGGAGUGCUCUGCAUGUUAAACCUAUAAUACUUUUCCUCUAGAGAAAAUCCCAGUACAAGACAGUUUGUGUUUGUCGUGUAUAAUUCUAACUUCUGAACAUGUAAAAGCAAGAUUGAUAUUGUGACUAGUAAUUUGGAUUUACACUAUGAGUAGCAUGAUGUUUAGUUAACGCCACAUUUGUCUAGAAUAGCUGAUUGAGUGCAUGCUUGAAGUGUGACUACCAGAUUCCAUGUUUGUCACCCAACUUUAACCACUUGAUAUUUUAUAGUGAACUGCCUUUAGAGUGCAUAGAGAAGCAGCAGCAGUAGAUGACUCUCAAAAAGCAAAAUGCCAUGAGUUCUUUUUCCAAAUUGACUGUUUUCUAAUGUGUACUUUAUUUUUUGUCCCAACAGUGAGACCUUCAGUGGAGAUGAUCAUCCUGAAUGUUCUUGUAUAUUGUCCGCAAAUAAAUUUCUAAAAGGA